AUGUUUUGUACGAAAAGUCUUUGCAUUGAUGUGUUUGUCUCACACCUGAAGACAUGGACUCAAGAAGUUGUGAUCAAUUGUCCGCAGAUAUGGCAAAGAUGUCAAUGAAUGGCACUCCAGAGGAAUAUCCGAAGGACUCAUUCGACAGAUAUGGCAAUGACUUAUGCGAAGUGAUAUUGUCUUACCUAUCAUUCAAAGACUCGUUUCGUUUUGAAUGUCUGUCCAAACAGUGGCAGAGAUCUGUAUUCACUUCAAGACAUAUCUUCUCUGUCAGUGAUAUAAUGCCGAAGAAGUCACAGUUUAAUGAGAUUAAGACGAUUACAGACAACGGUUGGAAAGCAUUGGAAUCAGUGGUCAAGAAGUGGACACACAUUACAGACAUUCAUAUUGACAUCGAUUCACAAGAUAUGGAGAGAAAUUUCGAGUUCUUUACACCUCAUCUGAUUGGCACCGAUUGA